UUUUUACCCUCAAAUAUUUAUCAUCGACUUCGAACUCUCAAUCAGAGGUGUGUUAAUGGCGGAGGAUCAUCGCCAUAGAUAAUCACCUCGAGCUCGAUCUCAAACUCCAUCAACUCCGUACUCACUCCCUUCUCUUCCAUCUCAUCUGCCAAUUCCUUUGCCCUACCUCCCUUUGCCGGUGGACAUGGCCGCCUACCUCGUUAUUCCUUCCUGUCCCUCCUCUUCUUACUCCUCCAUGUCCUCGCGCCGCACCUCCUUCCUCACCCGCAGAGAUUCUUUCUCCGACUACUCUCGCUCUAGAAAUUGCAUUCGUUACAGCUUCAAGAGUAGUCUGCCUGAACCGAGCAGAUUUGGUAAUGGGAAACCAAUUGUUCCUAUUCUUAAUGAGCGCAGUCUGCCGGAGUUCUUGGAAUCCGCUAGAAUGGGGAAACCAGUCAACAGAAGCAGUAACCGUUUGAAGUUGUUUUCUGGGACGGCGAAUCUUGCACUGUCUCAGGAAAUUUCUAGGUAUAUGGGCUUGGAACUUUCAAAGAUUAACAUCAAGCGAUUUGCUGAUGGAGAAAUAUAUGUCCAGUUGAAAGAGAGUGUGAGAGGAUGUGAUGUUUACCUAAUACAGCCCACUUGUCCCCCUGCAAAUGAGAAUCUCAUGGAGCUUCUUGUUAUGGUAGAUGCAUGUCGGAGAGCGUCUGCCAAAAAUAUCACUGCAGUUAUCCCAUAUUUUGGAUACGCCAGAGCCGAUAGAAAGACUCAAGGUCGUGAGUCAAUUGCAGCCAAACUUGUCGCUAAUCUUAUAACAGAGGCAGGUGCCAAUCGUGUUCUUGCUUGUGACCUCCAUUCUGGACAGUCAAUGGGCUACUUUGAUAUACCAGUUGAUCACGUGUACUGUGAGCCUGUGAUUCUAGAUUAUCUUGCCAGCAAGACAAUUUCUUACAAUGAUCUGGUUGUGGUCUCUCCUGAUGUUGGUGGUGUGGCAAGAGCUCGUGCUUUUGCCAAAAAGUUAUCUGAUGCUCCUUUAGCAAUCGUGGACAAAAGGCGCCAAGCUCACAACGUUGCUGAGGUGAUGAACCUUAUUGGUGACGUUAAAGGAAAAGUUGCUGUCAUGGUAGAUGACAUGAUUGACACUGCCGGGACUAUUUCAAAAGGUGCAGCUCUUCUACAUCAAGAGGGUGCCAGAGAAGUUUAUGCUUGCUGCACUCAUGCUGUAUUUAGCCCCCCGGCGAUCGAGAGGUUAUCGAGCGGCCUGUUUCAAGAGGUGAUAGUUACAAACACGAUCCCAGCAAUAACAGAGAACUACUUCCCUCAGUUGACUGUUCUUUCAGUAGCAAAUCUGUUGGGGGAAACCAUUUGGCGAGUUCACGACGAUUGCUCUGUAAGUAGCAUUUUUAAAUAACUCCAAAUUGAAGUAAUCCUUAGAACACAGCCUUCUGAAACAAUUCUAAAGGAUUCUUACUGCUUUUGUUUUGUUAGUUUGAUAUUCUUAGAUCAUCCAUUCUUAAUUAUUCCUCCUAGUUCACUAUUAGAAUAAUUUCUUUCGGUAAUUCCCACUGGGAGUUUCACUCUGACUUUAUAAAAUUUUGUAAUUUUACAUUUAUACAAUCUCAUAUCUUCAUAGAAUA